UCGUCGAAGCUUAGUGCGCCGUGUUCCUCCAUACAUCACUGCACAAAAAUGAUCGUUUCCUUGCGUUGUAUGGUACUGUGAUAUAAAUUUGUAAAUUCUAAUAAGAAUACGAAUUUCAUAGCUUGGCGUUUUAGUUUCGUUUGUCAGUUAUCCGAUCAAGAAGCUAAUCGCUUCGAUGAUUAUUGUUCGCAAGACUUUAUCAUUCGCAAAGAAAAGCGCGUGACAAUCUGCGUGAAAAAGCAAACAAGUGCGACAAGCUAACGGGCGCGCGUGUAUAAUUUUAUUCGCUGGCGUUGUGUAUAAAUAAUGCUUGGCGUCUACGAGGAAGUCGCACGACAAACUUGCGGUAUGCACAAAUUUUUAGAAAAAAAACGUAUUGGUGUCGAGUAAUAGUCUAGUACGACAUUACUUACGGACUUUAUGCUUGACCCAAAGGGGUUUGUUUUCAAUUUUUUGUAUAUUUACGUUAUACAUACGUGAUACGCCCCUCGUGUUACGAAUUAUCCCAUCAGUGCGCGGGCUUACUAAUUCUGUUGUAUAAUGUAUAACCUGUAAUUUACGUGUCAAACUACUUCGUUCUACCACUUUCGCACAAAUACUUGAUCUAUUCUUUUUUUUGCAAGCCAAAUAAUGCAUCAAACAUUUCUAUGAGUAAGGAAUUUUGCAUCAAUGGCAAAUAGAAGAGAUAAAGCAUCAGCUGGCUUUCUGGACACAUGGUUCGGAAGGCCAAAAAAGUCGGGCCGAGGCGGUGGCCUCAACCAAAAUAUGAUGCCUCGGCCGCACUCCGGGGACGACUUCAACGAGGUCGAGCAGCAGCGCUGCAUGAUCGAGAGGAUGGAUGAGGAGACGACAAACGACAAGUUCGAAGAACUUUUGGCAAAUAUGAAUCUAACAGAAGAGAAGAAGGAACCACUACGAAAACAGUCGGAGAGGAAAAAAAAGGAAAUGCUGAUUUUGCAUUAUAAAGGAAGUAUUCAGGACAGUAGGAACAAGUUUGACAAACCUGCUGAUUAUAUACAGUACUUGUCCCAACCAGACUUAAGCGUUAACAAGAUUCAUACGUGCAUCGAGUCUUUAAGGAUUGCCCUAACGAAUAAUCCAUUGAGUUGGGUCCAAGAGUUUGGUACCAAGGGCCUCAAACAAGUUCUCGUCAUUCUCAAUGAGUGUUAUCGGAAUUUUUUGAUUCUUUUCAAUAGCGACAGCCGAUACGAGAGGAUCCAAUACGAGUGCAUACGGUGCUUGAAGGCCAUCAUGAACAACACUGUUGGGAUAAAGGAAAUAUUGGCACACCACGAAGCCCUGACGAUAGUCGCGCGGUCCCUCGAACCCAGCAAACCAUCGGUCAUGUGCGAGGCGGUGAAACUCCUCGGCGCCGUCUGCCUUAUAUCGAGCGACAGUCACAAAAAGGUCCUCGACGCCAUUACGAUGAACGGAGAGUUCAAUGGGAGGGACCGAUUUUUGCCCAUUGUUCAAGGAUUGAUGAACAAGCAAAACGAAAAUUUGAGAGUGGUAUGUCUUCAACUUAUCAAUUCCAUAAUUUCGUCGGCUGAAGAAUUGGAUUUUCGAUUGCAUUUGCGAAAUGAAAUAAUGAGAGCCGGCUUAGCCGAUAUUUUAGAAACGUUGGAGGGCGAAGACGAAUCAGAAGACUUAACAAGGCAUUUAAAAAUUUUUAACGAGUACAAGGACGAAGAUUAUGAAGAAUUUGUACAAAGAUUCGAUCAUGUGAGAUUAGAAUUAGAUGAUGUAAACGAUUGUUUCGAGGUGGUGAAGAAUAUGGUUAUGGAUACUGUAGCGGAACCUUAUUUUUUAUCGAUUUUACAACAUUUAUUAUUUAUUAGAGACGAUGCUUUAAUUAGACCUGCUUAUUAUAAAUUAAUAGAAGAAUGCGUAUCGCAAAUCGUACUCCAUCGGUCUGGCUGUGAUCCAGAUUUUAGUGCAACGAAACGUUUUCAAAUUGACGUGCAACCACUUAUCGAGACGCUGGUCGAAAAGUCACGGGCUGAAGAGGAACAACGACUAAUCGAAAUGUCGCAGAAACUCGAGGAAGCUAUAGCGAAAAAGCAGGAAGCCGAAGCCAAGCUCCAGCACGCUGAAAAUGUAAUACGUGAAUUGGAACAUGGAACUGGCAGAAAUGGAAGCAAUCCACCGAAACUCGGGAACUGUCCACCUCCGCCUCCAAUGCCUGGUUGUAUAGGCCCAGGAGGUGGUCCACCUCCACCUCCACCGCCACCGAUGAUGGGAAGUAAUUUCGGAGGCGCACCACCACCGCCGCCAAUGCCUGGUACGGGUGGGAUCCGAGCGCCACCUCCACCUCCUUUCCCUGGUAGCGGACCAGGCGGUGGACCACCACCACCCCCUAUGCCGGGUGGAAUGGGCCCACCUCCACCCCCUAUGAUGGGUGGGCCAAGGUUACCGAUGGUUAAUUCCGUGCAGGUAUUGCCGCACGGUCUUAAGCCUAAGAAAAAGUGGGAGGUCGAAGGGCCACUUAAGCGAGCCAACUGGAAGGCGAUAUUGCCUCACAAAAUGUCAGAAAAAUCAUUUUGGGUCAAAGUCCAAGAAGACAAACUGGCAAGUCCAGAAAUCUUAACCGGAUUAGCUAAAAAAUUUUCCUCAAAACCAGCGAGCAAAAAAAUGGACGACGUUGUUGAUAAAUCGGUGCCAUCGAAAAAAGUUAAAGAUCUGAAAGUCCUCGAUAGUAAAGCAGCGCAAAAUAUUUUAAUUCUCCUAAAUGGUACCUUAAAACAUACUUCGUACGAAGAAGUUAAGACUUGUCUGUUAAGAUGCGAAGGGCCUGUUAUUAAUGAUAACAUAUUGCAAGGCUUAAUACAGUACUUGCCGCCACCCGAUCAAUUAACAAAAUUACAAAAUUUCAAAGACCAAUACGACGAAUUAACCGAGGCUGAACAAUUUUGCGUUACGAUAUCGCAAAUUAAAAGAUUAUUACCAAGAUUAAGAUCUCUAAGUUUUAUGUUAAAAUAUGAAGAACUUGUCCAAGAUGUUAAACCUGACAUUGUAGCUGGAACAGCUGCUUGCGAGGAGGUUAAAAGCAGUAAAAAGUUUGCAAAAAUAUUAGAACUUGUUUUGCUUCUUGGAAAUUACAUGAAUUCGGGAUCGAAGAAUGGUCAGGCUUUUGGAUUUGAAAUUAGCUUUCUAACCAAACUAACUAGUACAAAGGACAUCGAGAACAAACAAACUUUACUUCAUUAUUUAGUCGAUACGAUAGAAAGAAAAUUUCCAGAUUGCUUAAAUUUCUUCGAAGAAUUAGCACAUGUCGAUAGAGCUAGUAGAGUUUCGUUAGAAAAUAUUCAGCGAACUUUACGACAAAUGGAUGCAAAUAUUCGUAAUCUAGAACAAGAUCUUGCGAAUGCUAAAAUUCCACAGAACGAUAAGGAUUUAUUUGCUAAAAUCAUGACGCCAUUUGCGAAGAAAGCUAGAGAAUCGUACGAGGUGAUGCAAAAUAUGUUUAAAAAUAUGGAUAAUUUAUACACUGAUAUAUCUGAAUUUUUUGCAUUUGAUAAACAAAAAUACACGAUUGAAGAAUUCUUUGGUGAUAUAAAAAAGUUUAAGGACGACUUUGUGCAAGCACAAAAGGAAAUAAUAAAAUUGCGCGAGUCGGAGGAGAAGCAGCGACGGGCGAGAGAGGCUCGUGAAAAAGCAGAGGCCGAGAGGGCGGCGCGAGCGGAGCGCAAGCGCGCCCUCGUCGACAUGAACGCACACGAGACCCAGGAGGGCGUGAUGGACAGCCUCAUGGAGGCCCUACAGACGGGAUCAGCCUUCAGCCGACCGGACCAGCGACGCAAGCGUCAGACUCGUGCUGCCGGCGCUGAAAGAAGAGCACAAUUAAAUAGAAGUAGAUCUCGCACAGGAUUGGUUGGAACUGGACUACUAGGCAGAGAAUUAUCUACAGAACUCCUUAGUUCGGCGUAGAAAGAGUUCACUAUUAAUAGUGAGGCUGUGAUGAAGUGUUUUUUACAAAAACAAAAUCUUCAGUUUUUUCAAUAACUGAAAUGUUAAUUGUGCAUGGAAAUGAAUACCCUGCAAAUAGGAUAGAAGAAAUUACGCCGUCCAUAAUGAAAUAUACUAUAAUAGUAUAAUGGCAGAGAAAAGUAUUGUAUGUAUACAACAAAGAUAUUGUUGUAAAAGAAUUUCACUUAACUGUAACAGAUGUUGAUGACACCGGCCGUU